GUAGAUUGUGUUUUCAAGGUCGCCUUGUGUGCUUUGUUAUUUAUCUGAAAGUGUUUAAGCCGAAAUAUCAGUGUACGUUAGCACUCUGGAUUCUUUUGAGUUAUAAGAUCAUAUCUAAAAGGAAAGUAUUACAAAUUGAGCUACCCUGAUAUGAUUAUUUAAUCCUAUUGGUGUUUCCACAUAAGUUUUCCCUAAUAAUUGUUGUCUUCAAUCGCGAAUCACAGCUCACAGUUAGUUAAACUGUUCGCUCGAAAUUCUCAUAUUCGUGAUGGAUGGCGUUGGAGUUUGAUUUUGACGGGAUAUAGGUUCUGCAAGUUGCCUUGGAUGUUCAGAUGAGUAAUGUAUUUUGUGAGAUUAUAAUGUACUCAGCUUAUUUUAUUGUAAGGUUCACGCGGCUAUUCAACCGGGGUUAGUGGCGUUUCUGGUACAAGGCUUAAGUUGAAUUACCUUGUCUGUUUUUUUACUAUUGUAUGAAAAACCGUGUGUUAUAAAGACACAAUCAGACCCAUUUUCGAAUUAAAUCACAUAAAGUUUGUGGCAAUUAUCGAAAAAUAAAUAUUUUUCCAGCGGCGUUUAAAAUAUUGGUAAAAGGCGUAUCGGAUCUCUUUAUUUCACGGAUCCGUUGAUCAUCUCUAGAUGCUUUUUUGUGAUGUUGCUAUCAUUAAUCGCUACAUUUUUAACUGUCUAUUCUUGAGACGUUUAGUAAAAUAUGAUGAGGGUACCUAACCACGUAUCUUCAUCAAUGAAGAUCGUCAGUCGCUUUUGCCUUCUAUGAUGUUCUGGAAACAUUUCUCAGUAAAAUAUCUAGUGGUCACAUGUAUCUGUUACCUUAAAAAUAUAUUUCCAUCUUGGAUAAAUGAUCUCUCAAUAUAUGAUCACAUGGAAGUUACCUAAAUUGUGUGUUGUCGGUUAGGGAUUAGUGUAUUUUUAGAAUAACAUUCACCGUGCACCUCUGAAUUCCGAAUUAUUUUCAUAUUGCUGAGCAGGUAUGCGAUUAGCUUGGACAGUUGGCAUUUUGAAUAUAAUUUAGAAAUUCAUGCAUCUGUGUAGUUGUAUGAAUGUUGUGAUAGACAAAAUCAACUUCAGACUAGCGGCUUAUAUCAAUAUAGGCUACCCUUGAUUCCAUGGUGAUACUUAUUUCACCGCAGAAUGUUGGGUUUGUGGUGCUAUCAUAAAAUCAAUCUUGUUCGACGUUUGAAAAAUUUAUUCUUUCCAUGCUAGUAAAUUUUCGCCAAACCUCUUAGGUCGUCGUUCCCAAGAAAGAUCUAUAUUAAUUGAAAACGCCUUCUAAUUCAUAUUAAAAUUAAUCGAUCGCUUUUGGACAACUUAGAUUAUCUUUGAAUCAAUGGUCCCUUUAAAUAUCGAAUUCGGCUGUUUAGAUAUGUAUUACAAAUGUCGUUCAAGAGAAUUUUAAAUUAAACAUUGCCUUGUGACCAAGACUGGAUCAAAGGAUAAUAUACUGUAUGGUGUCACUAUGCUGUUUGAAAAUCAUAUGUUUGGUUAGCAUCUGUUAGUACACCACAACUCAUAUGGGUUCCUGGAGGUCUUGCUACGUAACUUCCCUUACCCACUUAUCUUUGUUCUGUUGAUGUAUGUAUUUGCAUCGAUUUUGUAUGUUUUCAACAGUGAAAUGCUUCACUUCAUGUUCUCGAAAAAUAAUUCAUACUGGGUUAUUCGAAUUUUUUUGAGACUACGCUUUUCGAUAGUAUGAGAAGCGGGAGAUAGCCAUAUUUUCCACUUCGUUCAUCAAAAAUUAAGUACUGUUAAAGGAGACAACCACGAUACUGACAACUUUUGAGCACGCAGCAAACUUGACUGAAAUGUCAUCGGGAGGAUUUUCGGCAUGAUAUUCAUCUUGAAUGGUAUAUCCUAGUACAGAUAUUUGUCUUAAGAAAGUCCAUUCCACCUAUUUAACGGAAGUCUGAUUUACAUGAUAGAAAAUCGAUGCUCAGAAAUGUAUUCAACCACCAAUAGGCGGUCAGUUAAGAUUAUAAUUUGAAAAAUCAUACUCAUCAUUUUACAAAAAAGAUAAGAACCGUUAAACUUUCCAAGUAAAUCUUCACAUCUAUCAAUCAACUUUUAUUUUACCGGACUUACUAUAUUUACACUAUCGACUUCUGUCACAAACGUACUGUGAAUGAAAUCUUGAUGGCUUAGAAUGUCCAUCUUUUGUAAAGAUAUGAGGAUAUUUUGAUGACUUCAAUGAACUGUUCUCAUCUUGUUCAAGUUUUAAAGACUACCACUUUAACGAUGCAUAGUAAUUCUAAUUAAACUUAAUAAUUUAGUAUUGAACGAAUACAUGACAAUAUCUGAUCAAUAAGAAUAAAAUUUCAUUUAGUAUUCCGAAAAUUAAUAAACAUUUAUAUUAACAAAUUAAUUACACUGAAAAUCUAAUUGACUUCACACAUAUCCAUAUACAGAUGUAAAACGUUUACUAUAAUUUAAAAAUUACAUAGUUUCACUAAUGAAGUGGUCAUUUAGUAAUUAAAUGGAAAAAAGAAAUAUUGAUCAGAGAGUACUUCUAUUCUCUGACACUUAUUUAUUAAUCACUAGCGUUGAUUUGUUGUUCAUGUCCUAACAACACACAUUUAUUUCUAUUAGGGUUUUACUCUCUUAAAUUAUUAAGUUUAAUAUUAUUGUAUCAAUGAGUCAGCCUAUUUAUUUUUGUGAAUUAUUCAUUAAUUUAGUGCAGUUCUGAACAUAAGCGUGUUAUUUGUUGUUGCUUUAAUUUUAGCUGUCUAAAUACUAUUUAGCGAUUGUGAAUUUAUACGUAGUAUUUAAAUUAUGACAUUUAAUUAGUGUACUUUCAAACACCAGCUGGUCAACUGGCGUGAUUUAUGGAAUCAACGAAUAAUUCUAUAAAACCAUGUCAUCAUUUUUAUACUGGAACUUGACUGCGACCAUAGAAUUAUUUAGCUAUUUAAUUAAAACAUGGAAACUUCGUCAAACGAAAGUGUAUAAUAUUAGGGGUAAAAUGAAUCUGAAUGAAGUUCUUAAACCAUUUUCACUUUGAUAUGACUAAGCUAAUUUAAUAAUAAUCAUAUCUGUAAGAUAUAAUUAGAAUGAGCUUGUUCAACGUAUCAGAAUAUUCACCGUUCUGUACUUUUUUAAGUUGGUAGUUUUGGCGACUAGUGAUUGUCAGCUUCAACAGCAUCUAAAUUUUCCUAUCGUAAUAAUUUUUACUUGUUCAGAAAGGUUUUUGAUUAACUUGUUUGGCACGAAGUUGUGUUUUUACGAUUGCAAUAUUCGAUUAAAAAUUUCUCAGAAAGUGGAGAUUUCUUCUAAAAGAUAGAUAUGGCCAAUUAACAAGUAAUCGGCAACUGCAUAUAAAUCCAAUGCUUUCCUAACGUUAGAUUUCAGUUGGCUAAUAUCAAAUAUAGUGUAACACAAUGUCUUGUGACUUAAUUUGUUGAUCAGGUACAAAGUACUUAUCUUAUUGUAUUUCAUUUAGAACUAAAAAGUAGAAAGUGAUAAUGCAUUGAUAUAAGAACGUGCUAAAAAUCAUAACUUAUUAAUAGUAGACAUUAGUUUGUAAGAAAUGCCUCUAAACAAUUCACUUAAGCUACUUAAAAGUGACCUAAAACUGAUUGAUGACAUAUUUACACUCGUAUCUUUUAAAAAUUUUAUUGUUAAACACCACGGAUACUAAGAUAUGUAAAAUCAUCGACCAUAAAAUAUGUCAGCAUUUGCCCAUGGUGGUAAUAUGAUUUGAGUAUACAGACAGGUUAGUAGAUAUUUCUCAUUAGCAACUUUGUUUCAGUCAAUAACCUAUAGCAUGUUUAAGUAUAAUACUAGUAAAAAACUUUACCAAUAACGAAAUCCUCUAUUCUUUAUCAGCAUCAACUUUAAAAGUCCACAGUAUAUAGCUCCUAGUGUACUCGAUCAAUAUUUCAGAGAUCGUGAUUAAUUAUCUAAAGUAAAUCUUAUCAAAUGUUGAGAAACCUAAAAUAGAUCCAAAACUUCUAAGUAAAUUAAUCAAAUCCAACUUUGGCGAAACUACAUCGAAUUAAAUGUACAGAUCUGAGGUAUGAUAUUUGAGCAAAGUUUAUUUGUCAAAUGUGGUAGUUUUCAAUAUCUUAAGUGUUCCAACCAUUAACAUUGCAUAUACUGUAUUUCAAAUCACAUGCUUCAGUGUUUUCAAAUGAUGUUUCAAGUUAUUAUAUUCAUUUGAAUUGUAUAUCUCAUAAUCAUUAACGUAGUCUUUUAACGAGCUAAACAUAUACACAAAGUUUGCAAACACGUCAGCAUACGACACUUAUCUUUUAAAACUGAAGAAAUGUACACUAUUCAAUAUUAAGUCGUUUACUUAUUUGCAAUAAGUACUUAGAAGUGAGUAAAUUAAUUGUUGCUUGCUUAAUAGUUUGGGUAUUCUAGAAAAAUAUUGAUAAUCUUUCUUUACAAUAACAAGGUUCAGUGUUUUAGUUUAUGCUUUCAGUCUGUAUUAAUUAAAAUAUAUAAAGCUAUGAUAUUAAACCUCAUUUCUAAUCUACAAGCUUUCUAGGAAGCAAUUCUACAUUGUUUGAAAAAAGGCCGCUGGUUACUUUUAUCAAUAACCUAUAGCAUGUUUAAGUAUAAUACUAGUAAAAAACUUUACCAAUAACAAAAUCCUGUAUUCCUUAUCAGCGUCCGUCCAUACGGAUCUAACUUCAAUCUUCCUUCUAAUAGGGUUUCUAGUCCCCUGUUCUUUUUACAAACAUUUUAAUUAAUAAAAAAAGUUGCCUAGCUAUGUGGCAUUUUUGCAACAUUUCUUUUCAUGUAUCUCCAUAUUUGGUCGCCCAAACGUUCUUAGGGUUUCAGUUCCUUAUACUGAUGUAAUAGUCAAUUAAAUGCUUUACUACUGUGCAGCUAUUACAUUUCCUGUCUCACAACACGUUCAGUUACUUUUCCUCUGUAUCCUAAUAUUUUUAAUCUAUGUUUAGAUAAAUAAUGUCUGGCAAAAACAGUCAUAUGAUUAGUGAGAGCGAUGUAAGGAGUGAACCGUCGGUUUCAACUUGCCUACCGGAUAGGAAGACUUCAAGUUUGGACCACAGUGGGCCAUCUGUACCAACUAUGUCAGCAUACGUUGAUUUUCGUCCAUGGUUUAAAGGGUGGGAUCAACUUGACAUGACUCGUAAUGAGCAACAGUUCGAACAACGAUCUCAUCGACCUAAAAGGGCAUUAUCAAAAACCAGUGACGACAAUGUUUUAGGGAUUUCUUGGAAAGAAGAACAGGAAUUACGCAAAGCCAUGUAUGUUUCUCUUAGAGAUCAACAACAAACAAAUUCGGAUUCCAGUCCUUGCAAUCACCUCAUGACCUUACGUUUCCAAUUGAUAAAACAACCAUGUAUAUCAGGACCUAGCAGUGCGAAAUCGGGUUUAGCGAAGCCACGAUCAAUCAUUCAGUUUAAGCAUUCUAGAAAACAAAUUCGCCCGAAAUUUGUCUCUGCGAAUACCAUCUUUCCUAAAACUAGAAACGCUUCCGAGAGUUCUCCCAAUAAAGAAGUAUUAAAAUGUGAUUCAAACAGCAAUAAAACAAAUGUUGAAUCAACUGAUGACAAUCACAAACCAUAUGUUGUAAAUACUUCACAAAACACUAGCCACAUUUGCUUACGAAAUUUAUACCAUAGAAGAAAUCCAACUAAUCAUAUUAAUGUCGACAAUCAGUUGAUUGAUAACGAUGCUAACAAGCAAACCUUAUCUAGUUCUGCUGAAACAUUUGAAGUUAACAAUUUAUCAUCAAAUUCUGUCUCAACUAACUAUAGUCGACGUCCUACUUUGAUGACUGCUUCAAAUUACUUGAAAUCAAAUUCGACUAACACGAACAGUACUCAACGGAAAUCUGUUAUUAGAAAAAGUCCUAAUUCAUCGACUUUAAGAAAUGGCUCUUUCCGAUCAGAGAACAUUGAUACAUUCGCUACAUGCAGCUCUCCGAAGAAAUCGAUACACAGUUUUAAAAGAAGAUCUAAACAACUGAUUAGUUCAGUCAGUCAAAUAUUACCUAUUACAGAACCUGAUGAUAACACACCUAAAUGUUUUUCAAACCUUUAUUGUGAGAGUGAUUUCCAGUUGCUUUCAAAAUCACCAUAUGAACCUUGGCAAGAUGAUAUUGGUCGACUUGCUUCAGUGCAUGAUUUCAUUAACUUUGUAUGCUUUCACGACUGCUCAGCGACUGGAGAUCCUAAUACAGAAUGGUUCGCCAGUCCAUACAAUAUGCAGAGUUUACCUGUGCCACGUACGUUACAAAGUAAUCUAGGGACAUCUAACUCCGAUCAUAAUAAUAAAAAAUGUCCUAAAAACCCCAACAUAUCAACUCAGCGCAAAAGUUACGAAUCUGCAAACUUACACCGUAUAAUCAACAACGUUGCAAAUCGUCAAUCUAUAAAAUGUUCACCAGUCACAAGGUCAACUAGUUUAUGCGUAGCUAAAAAGCUUGCAUCUAUUCAACCAUCUCCGGCUGUAUAUUCUUCAAAAUCACUCAUUUCUUCACCUUUAAAAAUGGAUGUACCUGAUAAUUGCUUUUUGUUUGAUGGAUACAAAGUUUGCGUCGAGGAAAAUGAGCCGUCCUCCACAACUGUAAUAUCUUCAGCUGCAUCCUUUCAAACAAGUAAACUUAAGGUCAUGGACCACUAAGUUCAAUCUAUAAUAUUCGUUAUCAUCGGUUGUCUGUUCAGUUUUAUCCCAUUUUUUGUGUGGAUUCUCUAUGUGCUCAGAAUUUUAAUAUAAUUCACAAUAAUACCGUGAGAUGCAUUUACUUUCCUAAUUUUCAUUAAUUUAUCUAUUAUGUUUAUUCUGUUGUUUUUUUAAUACACAUUAUUUACUUUCGAA